CGAAGAGAGAGAGAGAGAGAAGAAAGGAAAAAAAAAAAAAAACACUCGCGAAGAAAAGAAAGAGAAAAGGGAAUUCGCAGCCAGCGAAGCAAAGCGUCUUCUAUAGAGAGAGAAACCUGCAUUCUCUAGAGAGAAGAGAGAGAGAAGGGGGCGUCGUUCCGGCGGGUUCUAGAGAGAGAGAGAGAGAGAGAGAGGAGAGAGAGUGUCGGAGGGAGGGAGGGAGAGAGAGAGGGGAGCAUUCUUGCUGCGGAGUGCGUUAAUGGCGGAGGAGGAGAGGAAGGAGAAGGAGAAGGAGAAGGAGGAGGAAGAGGAGGUGGAGGUGGAGGUGGAGGGGCCGGUGGCGCUGGCGGCGGAGGGGGGCGGCGACGGCGGCGGCGAGGAGGAGAGCGUGAAGUUGUUCGUCGGCCAGGUCCCGAAGAGCAUGACCGAGGGGGACCUCCUCGCCAUGUUCCGGGAGUUCGCGCUCGUGGACGAGGUCAACGUCAUCAAGGACAAGGCCACGCGGGCCUCCCGCGGUUGUUGCUUCGUGAUAUGCCCGUCGAGGCAGGAGGCCGACAAGGCGAUCGGCGCGUGCCACAACAAGCGGACGUUACCGGGGGCAUCUAGUCCACUGCAAGUGAAGUAUGCAGAUGGAGAGUUGGAAAGGCUAGAACACAAACUCUUUGUUGGCAUGCUUCCGAAGAAUGUCUCUGAAGAUGAAGUAGCUGCUGUUUUUUCAAAAUAUGGUACUAUUAAGGACCUGCAUAUAUUAAGAGGUUCUCAAAAAACCAGCAAAGGUUGUGCUUUUAUAAAGUAUGAGACGAAGGAACAAGCACUUGCAGCCCUAGAUGCCCUGAAUGGAAAGCAUAAAAUGGAGGGUUCAAGUGUUCCCCUUGUUGUCAAAUGGGCAGAUACUGAAAAGGAAAGGCAAGCUCGAAGAGCUCAGAAAGCUCAAUUUCAGAAUGCUGCUAGUAUGCAAAAUACUGAUUCACAACAUCCAUCAUUGUUUGGGGCACUGCCUAUGGGUUACAUGCCUCCAUAUAACGGAUAUGGCUAUCAGGGUCCUGGAACUUAUGGGCUCAUGCAAUACCAAUUGCCACCAGUGCAGAAUCAAUUCCAUAACAUGAUUCCUCCUGCCAACCGGGGAAACGCUUUGCGUGCAGUUUCACCUGAAGUAUCGGCCAGAAAUUAUGCAUUGCCUCCUGCAAGUUAUAUGAGUUCUCCGUACCAUGCAGUGCCCGGUGUUCAGUAUCCUCUUGCGUACGCUGGAGGAAUGAUGAGUCACCGACCUUUAAGUGGUUCUGCAAGUGUUGCUGCUCCUGUGUCUCUGGAUGGUGACUCUGCAUCAUCUUCAGUUGCUGGUCCUAGUGGUGGAGGUCAACUUGAAGGACCAGCUGGUGCUAAUUUAUUCAUUUAUCACAUACCACAAGAAUUUGGUGAUCAAGAGCUUGCCAAUGCUUUUAAGGCAUUUGGUAGGGUUUUGAGUGCUAAAGUAUAUGUUGAUAAAGCAACCGGUAUUAGCAAAUGUUUUGGUUUCGUUAGUUAUGACUCGCCUGAAGCUGCCGAAUCUGCUAUUAGUGCAAUGAAUGGACGUCAAUUAGGUGGUAAGAAAUUGAAAGUUCAGCUCAAAAGAGACAAUAGACAAAGUAAACCUUAUUGAUAUUAAGGUGAGUCAUUCAAGGAAGCUGAAUUUUCUCCUUUAUGUGCACGUGCUUCAACCUAGAUAACACGGGGUUCUCUGCAGUACAGAUUUGUGGGAUGGAUUGGAAUAAUCUUCAUCUCAUACGGUUCUCCAUCCUACUUGUAAUUGUCUGGCGGGAUUAGACUACAAACUUGUAAUUCAUGGUACAUAUUCUGUGCCAACAUGAUUUGUAAACCUUUGUAUCAUGGAAGCUCAUUUAGACAUUAAUGAUUGAUUUGUUGAUUUAUCUCUUGACUUUUAGUUGUAUAGUUCAAUGAAACAUCUGUUACCAUUGACUUUCUUCCAACUCUCCAAUGGCCUUUCCUUUUUGGUCCCUGCAACUUUUGCUAUGUUCUUUGUCGCUGCUUCAUUUUCUGCUUUUCAUGUGGAUAAUAUAGUUUAAGCAGUGACGUUGCAUCUGGAGUUUAUCGUACAACAAAUUAUCUCCUGGCAUUUGACAAUGCUUGCAAAUCCAUCCUCACCGUCCUGUGAACUUACUCUCUUGGGCGAAUAUUUAGUAUGGUACCAAGUUACACGAUGUGCUUGCCAUCGUCAAGUUUGAAGGAAGACAGGUAUUGCUGACCUACUAGUUUUUGAGGUAUGCCCUUCUCAGUGAAGUGGUCAUUUUGUACUCGACUACUUUGGCAAUUGCUUAAUAGCAAUAUGACUAAAUGCCACUUUCAGUUAAAGAUUGGAACUUCAUCGGGAACCUGUUUCUUUGGGUAUCUUCUUGCCCUUUUUUCAGUAACUUUUACUCAGUGAUGGAGGAUUUUUUUGACGAUAUCUGAUUGUUUGAAUGCAUGUUAUACAUUGACAUAUUAAUCUUUUUCUUAGUGCUAGUGCACUGAUUUCAGCUGUUGGAAGUGCAUAUGCCAUACCCAGAACAACCUAUUUGGUUUCUUAUUCAGGACUGUUGCUGCGUUGCUCCAGUUUUGGAAAUCUGAUCUUAGGUUGUGAUUAUUCCAUUUACUGAUUCUGCUUCAUCUGGUAAAACUAGGUUUCAAGAAAAAAGAGGAUUUGAUGAGAAUAAUCAUGUACACUAGUUUUCCGGAGGUGAUCAAUGUAGACAGGGUGUGGACUUUGCAUCUUUUAUUAGUCUGCUAAGUUCCUUGCGUAGUCACAAAUAUGGGAAACUUGUCAGCCUAAUUCAGUUUUUGUAUUUGUAAGGUUCUACUUCAUAUUGUUAAGAGUGUACUGUUUACUGCUUUAGAAUUCUAGAUGAACAAAUGGUGAAGUUAGCUCUAGAUUUUUCUUUCCUUUUCUUGGGGGAAUUUGACCUCUUGAAAAAAAAGAGGAUGGAAUCGAUUCUUUUCCACAUUGUGAGCUGCUGAUUUUUGAUUUUGGCAUUUCUAGUUGUGGAUGUAAAAUGGCUCCCCAUGUCCUAUUGAAGUGGCAACCGUUGAAUC